UUGGUGCAGGCACGGGCAGGCCCCGCCCCCGCGGCGCAGGUUCGGGUGAGAGGCGAUCGCGGCCGGAGCGGCACCGGGAGCGGCACCGGAGCGGGAGCACCAUGAUGGCCAACGCGGCCACCAUGCGGAUCCUGAUCAAGGGCGGCAAGGUGGUCAACGACGACUGCACGCUGGAGGCCGACGUGUACAUCGAGAACGGCAUCAUCCAGCAGGUGGGCCGCGAGCUGAUGAUCCCCGGCGGCGCCAAGGUCAUCGACGCCACCGGCAAGCUCGUCAUCCCCGGCGGCAUCGACACCAGCACCCACUUCCACCAGACCUUCAUGAACGCCACCUGCGUCGAUGACUUCUACCACGGCACCAAGGCAGCGCUGGUGGGGGGCACGACGAUGAUCAUCGGGCACGUCCUGCCCGACAAGGACACGUCGCUGCUGGACGCCUACGAGAAAUGCCGCAGCCUGGCCGACCCCAAGGUGUGCUGCGACUACGCCCUGCACAUGGGCAUCACCUGGUGGGCGCCCAAGGUGAAGGCGGAGAUGGAGACGCUGGUGCGGGAGAAGGGCGUGAACUCGUUCCAGAUGUUCAUGGCCUACAAGGAGCUGUACAUGCUGCGGGACAGCGAGCUGUACCAGGUGCUGCGCGCCUGCCGCGACAUCGGCGCCAUCGCCCGCGUGCACGCCGAGAACGGCGAGCUGGUGGCCGAGGGAGCCAAGGAAGCGCUGGACCUGGGCAUCACGGGGCCCGAGGGCAUCGAGAUCAGCCGGCCUGAGGAGCUGGAGGCCGAGGCCACGCACCGUGUCAUCACCAUCGCCAACCGGACCCACUGCCCCGUGUACCUGGUGAACGUGUCCAGCAUGUCUGCGGGGGACGUCAUCGCCGCCGCCAAGAUGCAGGGGAAGGUGGUGUACGCAGAGACCACCACGGCGCACGCCACGCUCACCGGGCUGCACUACUACCACCAGGACUGGUUCCACGCCGCCGCCUACGUCACCGUGCCGCCGCUGCGCCUGGACACCAACACCUCUGCCUACCUCAUGAGCCUGCUCGCCAAUGACACGUUGAACGUGGUGGCCUCGGACCACCGGCCCUUCAGCACCAAGCAGAAGGCCAUGGGCAAGGAGGACUUCACCAAGAUCCCCCACGGCGUCAGCGGCGUGCAGGACCGCAUGAACAUCAUCUGGGAGCGUGGCGUGGUGGGGGGCAAGAUGGACGAGAACCGCUUCGUGGCCGUGACCAGCUCCAACGCCGCCAAGCUGCACAACCUGUACCCGCGCAAGGGCCGCAUCAUCCCCGGCGCCGACGCCGACGUCGUGGUCUGGGACCCCGAGGCCACCAAGACGGUGUCUGCCAGCACGCAGGUGCAGGGCGGGGACAUCAACCUGUACGAGAACAUGCGGUGCCACGGCGUGCCGCUGGUCACCAUCAGCCGCGGGCGCGUGGUCUACGAGAACGGCGUCUUCAUGUGCGCCGAGGGCACCGGCAAGUUCUGCCCGCUGCGCUCCUUCCCCGACGUGGCCUACAAGAAACUCGUGCAGCGCGAGAAGAAUUUGAAGCUGCGGGCCGUGGACCGCACCCCGUACCUGGGGGACGUGGCCGUGGUCGUGCAUGCCGGCAAAAAAGAGACGGGGACGCCGCUGGCCGAUACGCCCACCCGGCCGGCCACGCGACACGGGGGCAUGAGGGACCUGCACGAGUCCAGCUUCAGCCUGUCCGGUUCUCAGAUCGAUGACCACGUUCCAAAACGAGCCUCGGCCCGGAUUCUCGCUCCCCCCGGGGGCCGGUCGAGCGGCAUCUGGUAGAGGCGGACCCGAGUCCCCCGAGUGAGGCGCCCGGGCCCGGCUCCGGCUCCGGUGCGGCGGGGCUGCCCGGCCGCGGGCCCCGCGCUGCCGCCGCUGCCGCCGCUGCCGCCGCCGGCGGGGCCGUGCCGGGCCGGGCCGUGCCGGGCGGGGCCGGGCCGUGCCGUGCCGCGCGGGGGCCGCCGAGGGCCGGGGGCGCUGGGUGCCCCCCCCGGCCCUUUUCUGUUUGCACGUUGGAUUUGGAUCAGUGAAUUUUUGACUUGUUUGUGCAUCACGUGGAAAUACUCUGAAGUGGUUUGUGUCACUAGCGUAGGGGAGACGCAGGGACCCCCCCCUUCCUGCCCCGGCCCUGGACCCCCGCCCCGAGCCUGAACCCCGUCCUGAUCCCAUCAGAACCUGUCCUGAGCCCAUUCCUGCCCCCUCCACCACCACCUCUCUGUCCCCCAUCCCUGAACCCCAGCCCCGAGCCUGAACCCCAUCCUGAUCCCAUCAGAACCCAUCCUGAUCCCAUCAGAACCCAUCCUGAUCCUAUCAGAACCCAUCCUGAUCCCAUCAGAACCCAUCCUGAUCCCAUCAGAACCCAUCCUGAUCCCAUCAGAGCCCCAUCCUGAUCCCAUCAGAACCCAUCCUGAUCCCAUCAGAACCCCAUCCUGAUCCCAUCAGACCCCCAUCCUGGUCCCAUUCCUGCCCCCUCAUCGCCACCUCUCUGUCCCCCAUCCCUGACCCCCAUCUCCAUCCCGACCCCAUCCCAAUCCCAUUCCCAUCUCUCCGUCCCCCAUCCCUGACCCCUGCCCUCAGCCCCCCUCCCUGACCCCCAUCUGCACCCCCAUUUGUGCCCCCUCAAGACCCCAAAGCUCUGUCCCUGUCCCCCAUCUCCAUCCCAACCCCAGCCCCCCAUUCGCAUCCCUGACCCCCCAUCUCCAUCCCGAUCCCAUCUCCCCAGCCCCCCAUUCCCAUCUCUUCUCCCCCAUCCCUGACCCCCCAUCUCCGUCCCUGACCCCUGCCCUCAGCCCCUCUCCCUGACCCCCAUUUCUGCCCUCCUAAAGCUCAGUCCGUGUCCCCAUCCCCAUCCCUGCCCCUCCCCGUCCCCACACUGGUCCCCUCCCAGGUCACUCCUCACUGCCAGGUGAGGUCCCGGGUCCCCUCCCAUGUCCCCUCCCCUGUCACCCCCCCUGCCAUAUCCCCAGCCCUGCCCCCGGGUCCCUGUCCCGCGGUGCUGCGGGGGUGUCACAGCCCCUGUCCCCCGUGUCCCCUGUCCCACCCGGGUCCCUGUCCCUGCGGGGGUGUCGCAGCCCCCGUGUCCCCUGUCCAUCCCCGGGUCCCUGCGGGGGUGUCCCCCCGUGUCCCCUGUGCCCCCGUAGGUCCCUGUAGGUGUUCGGGGCGGUGGCCCCGGGGGGGUCCCGUGUCCCCGCGGUGUCACACGGCCGAUGUAGGAACCGUUGUGUGCUCAUUAAAGACCGUUCACAGCCCC